AUCAGGUUGUGGGCGGGGCCUAAACACAGGUGACUUAGUAUUUAGAGCAGUUAGGCAUGCUCUGUGAGUCAGUAUUCCUCAACUUGAUUUUGCGAGAGGAUAGAGGAAGGUGGGCUUCAAAGUCAUAAAGGACGAGGCAAAAAAUCGUCGAGGAGCCAGUAAGCAGCUUUAGAGGAUGGCAUUCAGCACCUUGACCUUGCUCUAUGAUGAGUGGCUUAAAGAAGCAGACCCAAGAGUUGAGGACUGGCCCCUUAUGUCCUCCCCAUUCCCUCAAACCAUGAUCAUCCUUUCCUACAUCUACUUCGUCACGACACUCGGACCUCGGCUGAUGGAGAACCGCAAACCUUUUGACCUCAAGCGACCAAUGAUCAUAUACAACUUUAGCAUCGUAGCAUUCUCCCUUUACAUGAUUUAUGAGUUUCUCAUGUCUGGCUGGGCCAAUGGAUACUCAUACAGGUGUGACCUUGUGGACUACUCCAGCUCACCACAGGCUCUAAGGAUGGCAUGGACUUGCUGGCUCUACUACUUCUCCAAGUUUAUAGAGAUGUUGGAUACGAUUUUCUUUGUUCUGAGAAAAAAGAAUAGCCAAGUCACUUUCCUCCAUGUCUACCAUCAUUCAAUCAUGCCCUUCACAUGGUGGUUUGGAGUCAAGUUUGCUCCAGGUGGUUUGGGAACCUUCCAUGCCCUGCUGAACUGCUGUGUCCAUGUGGUCAUGUACACCUACUAUGCCCUGUCUGCUAUGGGCCCAGCCUAUCAGAAGUUCCUCUGGUGGAAGAAGUACAUGACCACCAUUCAGCUGGUUCAGUUUGUGAUGGUGACCGCCCAUGUUGGCCAGUUUUUCUUCAUGAAGGACUGCCCUUACCAGUUCCCGGUUUUCCUCUACAUCAUUGGCUUGUAUGGACUGAUCUUCCUGCUUCUUUUCCUUAAUUUUUAUUACCAUGCAUACACCAAGGGUAAGAGGUUGCCCAAAGCCCUUCAGAAUGGAGCAUGCUUCCUAAACUCCACACACAAGAAGACUGAAUAAGGACUUUGUACCUUGUUGCCACCCAUAAGUGAAGAUCCUGCAGCUUUUUUAAAUUUGCUUUAUUUUCCUUUAACCAUUUCAGAUAAUUCACCCACUGUGUUUUAUGUUAAAACUUUGUGGAAUGCCACUUUCUCACUGAAUGAAUAUUGCCCAACUAGCACAUGUGGUUUUACACUGAAGAUGUGGAUCCUGGUUUGUACGGUCUUCACACGGGUUCUGAAAUGUUUAUGGGGUACAACAUUUUUAAAUAGACCCUUCAUUUGUACAUUUUAAGCCCAGCUAUGGAAUAUGACCUAACUGCUGGUUUAACAGAAUGCAUGGAUUGUGAAAGCAGAGGUACUUGAUUUUAAUGCUAUUGGUCUUUAAAAGGGCAGUUUUAAGGGUUUGAUUUAUCAAUUCAGAUUAAAAGAUUCCUUAAACAAACCUGAGGCCCUUUUCCCAAAAAACAGCAUGACUGAUUACUAUGCUUGAGUCCUAGGUUGAACGUGGCAGAAGUGACAGCUGGGGUUCAUUUUCAGCUUUGAAAAUUUUAUUUUCAGUGUUUAUUGUUAACUUCUUAAAUAUGGCUGUUUUUGUUUGUUUUUUGUUUUUUUUAAGAAAAAAAAAGUCUGACUGAGGCAUGUGUUCUUCAAAGAACCUAAUGUGCCAGUGAUCUGUGGAGACUCGUGUUUAUCCCCUCCCCCUUGUGUUUAUGCAUUUUGUAUUUCCUUACCGUGCUCUAUUUAUAUCCUUCAGUUUUGUUAAAUGUUAAAAUUGUACCUUUUU